UUUGAACAGGCGCUAAGGACAGCUCGGGGGUCCUCUAUUCAACAACACCGGAAAAACACGUGAACAGGUCAGGAUGGGUCGCUCCUCCAAAGACAAGCGAGAUAUUUACUAUCGGCUGGCCAAAGAGGAGGGCUGGAGGGCGAGGAGUGCCUUCAAGCUGCUGCAGCUGGACCAGGAGUUCAACCUGUUCACAGGAGUGAGCAGAGCCGUGGAUCUGUGUGCGGCGCCUGGCAGCUGGAGUCAAGUCCUCAGUCGAAAACUCAGAGAGCGUGAGGAGAAGGAAGGCGGCGGCGAGGAGGUGAAGAUCGUGGCGGUGGACCUGCAGGCCAUGGCGCCUCUGUCGGGAGUCACUCAGAUCCAGGGAGACAUCACCAAGGUGUCCACGGCUCAAGAGAUCAUCCGUCACUUCGAGGGUCAUCCGGCCGACCUGGUGGUGUGUGACGGAGCUCCUGACGUCACCGGCCUCCACGAUGUGGACGAGUACAUCCAGGCUCAGCUCCUCCUGGCUGCUCUGAACAUCACCACUCAUGUCCUGAAGCCUGGAGGAACGUUUGUAGCCAAGAUCUUUCGAGGUAAAGACGUGACGCUGCUUUACUCUCAGCUGAAGAUCUUCUUCAGUGGAGUGACCUGUGCCAAACCUCGGAGCAGCAGGAACUCCAGCAUCGAAGCCUUCGUGGUCUGUCAGAACUACCGUCCUCCAGAAGGCUACGUUCCCAACAUGUCCAACCCUCUGCUGGAUCACUGCUACGAUGUGGACUUCAACCAGCUGGAGGGUCCGAAUCGCACCAUCGUUCCCUUUCUGGCGUGCGGCGACCUCAGUGCUUUCGACUCGGACAGGACGUACCCUCUCCAGCUGGAUGCUGAUAAACAGUACCAGUACACCCCCCCCACCCAGCCGCCCAUACGCCCCCCCUACCAAGAGGCCUGCCAGCUCCGCAAAAACAACCUGCUGUCCAGAGAGGACGCUCCACCCGCCUGUCCCCGGCAGAGGCAGGACGAGGCGGAGCCGCAGAGCACAGCCUCUGAAACCUGACUCCAUGUUCAUGUUUUUAAUCAGACGUCACCAGGGGUCGUUUUAAUCUGUGUUUUAGGGAUUUCAAACUUUUCUGCCAAUAAAUGUGACUUUUCCUU